GAGGACAGGCCAACUGUCAGACGGGGGACAUCUGCACACGACAUUUGUAGAUCUUCACAUAUACAAAACAUUAACUUUGUGCUGAGUAUUUCUUGUACGACUACCACCUAUUUUACGGUUGUUUUUCCCUUCCUUGCUUUUUGAUAGAGUUAGAACUUGAUACCUUAUUCUUCGUUCUCUUUCUUCCCCUUCCCGUUUGCGUAGCCAUUUUUGCGUUAGCGCAAAUCGGAGCCCUUUUUUUACCUGCUAGACGAUCAAAAGUGCCUCAGCAUUUUCGAUCUACUUACGAGGUCACGCAGUACUUACUACGCCGCCGCCUCCUUUCUCAUACUGUCAUUUAUCGACUUAUAUACAAGCACGAGUUUACGUAAUGACAACUGCUGGCCUCUCCCGCGCCUACGCUGUGCUACGUCAGCUCGACGUCUUGCGCACGGACGACGUCCUUCACCCGCUUCCUUUUCCCUCAUCACCCCUUCGCAGAAAACGCCCGGGAAACGUGGCGCAAAGUCCACCGGACCGAUCGCCGCUCUGCGUAGACGGAGGCGUACGAAACGGGCCGCAUUCUGUGGGAUCAGAUGGAGUGGUGCACUCGCCGCCUUUACGCGGCGCCAGUCCUCUGCAAACCAAUCCUUCUGACUUGUCCUCGUCAAGUCACUUGAAAGGUGACUUUGUGAACGAGAAGCGCCGUGUUCACACAACACUUCCGUUGACUGCAACGAGAGAAGCGUAUUUGAUGCCGCCACCGCCUUCCUACAGUGACACCAUGUCGGAGUGUCCUUUGGACAGCACCACAACCACCGCCACCAGCGUUGCUUCUCGCGCCACGCAAUCAGAGGCGCACGUAGCAGGGCACGCGUACGCCACACACCCCUACGUGACGGCGGGUAAGCAUUCCUCCUUGCCUCCUCCUCCUCACUUCCCACCUCCCAAAUCACAGACGGACGCGAGAAGAUCCCCUGUUGCAUUGGAUGGUCUGGCACCAUCGUCUCGUACGGUGCUUACCGAAGACGAUAGAGGACAGGGCAUCAACGAUGCUCGCAGCCCGUACACCGGACACGUGUACAUGCACCACAGCCCGAAGUCGUCGUCACCGCGCUGCAUGCGAGUGCCGUCCCCUGUUGUCCUGCCUGCGCUCUCCACCAGUGAAGCGGACCACAUUCUGGCCCACGCCUCAGCGACGCUAGAGGACUACUUUGAUAAGGAUGACAUGCCGUCUGUGCUGGCCAGCGUGGCGGCUGCAGCGCGCGAGACGGACCCACACCGACACCCGUUCUCAAGGCCGAAGGGAGUAGGGCAGUCCAGCGUCUCCGACUUUGCGACGGCGCCGCGAGAGGUACGCUCGGCCACCUUCACGGACAGCGCCGCCCCUCUCUCCUCCCUCACCACUUCACCCCCUUCGCGAGGGGCAGACAACGGCUUUUAUGCCACCACAAAUAGCGCACGACAAGGACGUUUGCAGUCGAUUCGCCGCUCGGUGGUGGACGGAAGGAAUGACGGAAAUGACGACUGGUAUGAAAGUCCACGAUCGGAAGCGCGUGGCAGCCACGUUAACGACGUGCGGCCGAUCACCAUCACGCCAAGCGUGGAGCGGAUCUUGGAAGCGGUGCAAUUGAGUUCGCACCACAGCGGAAGUGGAAGGAGAGAAGACGACGCGGGUGUGUCUCUUAUUGCAUCGAAGCAAAACGCCACUGGUCCUUCGAAAACUAACAAGAGGGAGGACGUGUACGACACCUCCACAUUGGCAGAUCGUGCGUGUAGCAACGGCCUGGACGAGCGUUUCUCACCGAUCGAGUUGCACGACUCACCCAACUCGCUCACGCAUGAGCAGCAGCACUUUUCUCCGAGCUUGUCCUCCUUCUACACGGCGACUGGUCGCAGCCGGGAAGAUGGAGACAAGCGACGCGACCACGCCGCGCAGAUUACCGCAGUCCCUUCGUUGUCGCUGACGGACCAGCACCGGUAUCCGAUACUGGCACCCACGCACGCCGCUGCACCCAGUGAAGAUCAUGCUCGCGACUUCAGCAGCCAAGACGAAAAGGAAGAAGACUACGACCAGAGGACGGGGACACGGAGUGCGACACGUUCCGCCGCGCGCGAUCGACCGCCAACUCCUUUGACGGAAGAAGCGACGGUCGACGAAGACGAUCCGCCCCACCUAAACAAUAGUAACGGCGGCGAUGAUGGGCAAAUGGUGGGAGGCAGGGAAGACAGUAGUACACCCGACGAUAACAAAGAACAGAGGGUGGACAACGACACGGAAGCCCUGCAGGCUGUUAACUGCGAAGACACGCCGCAAAGCCAACAGCAGUCGGUCGAAGUUGUCACCAACGACGCAGUGGAUGAGCAGCCGUCCUGUUUCCCAUACGAGUUCACGGAUGCGCUUCCCUUCUUGGACUAUUUGGCGCGCGUCAACGGAGCCACCGCACCCGUGCUGCUGAAGGAGCUGGUGGCAAUGGGCGAUGCGUGGGCGGCGACGAGGAAGCGUAGAGAACAGCCCACCAAUAAGGCGAAGGCGGAAGACUCCACUGGGCCGGUGGUACAACGUGACGAGGACGAGGUGAUUGAUUACCUUGCUGUGAGCCUUCUGUUGAACCAAACUACCGCUCUGCAACACAUCGUCGUGCCGCUGCUGCGCGCUCAGCUCAAAAGUGCUCUACGCGUUCUACGUGAUAUGGAAAACGAGGGCGGGAACGACGGCACACCAGAUCGGGGACCGUACACCCACUAUCACCUAGACGGUAGCGCAGAGGAAGGGAGGGAUGAGGAGGAGCACGAGAACGGUGGCGGAAGACGACUUACGAAAUCCCCAGCAUCCGCUGCACGGGCCGCUAACCUCAACUGUGCGCUCUGCGCCGUGAUUGGGCUGGGCGGUGCCGCCUCCACUCUGCUGCCCCUUCUGUUGCAGCUGCUCCUUCAGCUCCCCCCGCCGACAGCCACCUCCCUGUGCGACGUGCGUCUUGUAGGGCUGGCGAUUCGCACGAGCGGUGCGGCGGAAGGUCUGCGUGCGCUGACGCGUAUCGUUGAGGAGCGGGCGGAGGCCUCGCACGUCCUGACGGCAGCCGCGUACGCCCUUAGCACCUACGCCUAUGAGCUAACCGGGCACACCUCCGCGGUGUGCGUGCCCGCCGGCACGUUGCAGCGUGCUCGUGAAGACGCGCUUUACCGUCUGGUGCCGGACCCGCAGCUAGCCUUGUCUUCGCGGUCGCUUAUCACAUCUGUUGCAGAGGUAGAGAAGGAGCUUCGGCCUUUGUGGAACGCAUCCGCUACGUUGUGUUCACCAUCCUCCCCGACGGCGCCACCGACGGGGAUGUCCCUAAUGCGCAUUCAAUCGCCGCCGCCCUAUCACCCAACGCACAUCGUCAUCGACGCCGAGGCGGCGCGACAGUCGCUGCAGAUGUUCAUUGCCUCGGACAAGUUUCGUGGUCGACGCGACCACCCUUAUGUGAUGCUGCUGCUGGAUGACGCACUCAACUCGUCCCUUCUGUGUCCGGUGAUCGCGGAGUCCUCCGACGAACGAACUUUCAAGCCUAUCUGGGACCGCAUGCGACGUGACCUUCACUGCCUCCUCUGUAACCACCGCGCAGCUGGUGAGAGCAGGCAAGCGAAUGUGACGACGAGCGGCUUUCAGCGUCCUCUUCUCCUCUACUCCAUUCGAGAUUUUUUUGCGGACGAAAAGGACAUGCUCUUUGCGGUGGAGGCCGCCCUGGUCCACGCCCUCGUCUCCCGUUCCGCACUGCGCUUUCAAGAACAGGCGCUCCUCUCCCUCGCCGCGUUACCGCCGGAAGCGCGUAUGCACGUGGUGCAGCCUGUCACCGACUUCUUUUUGAAAGUGGCUCGCCGGUACCAGCUGCGGCACGCCACCACUAUGCGUCGAGCGCGUGCCACUGCACAGAUCAAUAGCGGCGGUCACACGCGGCGCUACGACGACUACGGUGGCGUUGAAGGCGCGGCAGAGGAGGCCGUGGUAGUAGCAGCAGCCAUCGCGGCGGGCACGGUCUGCGUGAACCCUCUCACGCCGGCGUCGUGCACCCUUAGCUGCAUCGCGGCUUUGGUGCCGGUGCUCACAGAGCUGCUGCAGACCUCGCAAUGGCGAGUGCGGCACGCGGCGUGCGUCGGACUUGCCCGAAUGGGGCCGCACACGGCAGACCCGUCGUCCAUCGUGGAUCUGUUUCUCUCUCUGCUCUCGCCGGCCGGUGCUUCCUCCUUUCUGGCGAACUCGACGGCGAGUGAGAGCUACCUGCCGGCUCUCCAGCCAGCUACAAUUGCGUGGUGUCUGGUGCAGCAGCAGCAAGGCGGCGUCCGUGCUCUACUGCGUGUGCUGCAGGACACACAGGAGACGCCACCGGUGCACGACUGGUGCGCCUUCCAGUUAGCGGCCGUGGAUGUGUACGAGGCGUGCCGGGAGGUCGACAAGGCCGACACACCCGAGGCUGACGCUCUGCUGGACGAGAUGGUCCAGGUGCUGGGCAAACUCAUCGCCAUGCAAGGAGCGUUGGAGGAAGAUACGGUGGUGCUGUGUGUGCGUGCGCUCGCCGAGGUGGUGCACCGCACUGCUGCCGGUGCGGUGCGGAUUGCGUUCGGCUUCGUCUCGAGCGCCAUCGACCCACAUGUCGAUGUCUCUCCUCCACCCUCUCUAUCGGCUCUUCCUCUCCAAGCGGCACAGCUGGAGCAGGAGGCGGCGACUUACUACGAGAGCGAACCCCUCAACUCGUGCUUCACGGUGCUUACUUCUGUUAUGGAGGCUGCCCUGUUGCCCACAAAUGUGUUGAAGGCGUUAUGCCUGUACCUGUGCAAGUACGGCGGUGCACAUGGUGAGUUGUACGUGUGCGAGAUGCUGCUGGAAAGUACGUCGGUGGCGGCACGCUCGGCCGCUGCCUUCGGUCUGCGCGCCUGUGGAGCGAAGGUCAUCCGCAGUGUGGUGCUCGGCAUGAACGACGCUAGCUUUGAGGUGCGGAGGGAGGCGCUGGACACGAUGGACGUCCUUGGGGCACAAAACGUGCUCGCGGUGCUGCAUCAUCGUCCUGCCGAGCAUCGCCACCAGGUCCUCGCGGCGCUGCGAGACUGCCUGCUGCGGGACGCAGGACGAUCGGUGGCGCGGAAGGCGGCCGACACAGUGUACCACGCGUUGGCCGGGGAGGAGCAAGACGCCACGGAACUUCUGCUAGCGUAA